AUGAGAUUCAAUAUUUUAAAAUAUGUUUUUUUUUCAAUUAUUAUUUGUUCUUUUGAAUAUGCCAAAAAUGAAUUAUACCUUGUAAAUGAGAGAACCAUCUGUUUUGAAAGGAAUAUAAAAAUUUUUAGGAAUAAUAGGACAUUAGCAGAUGCAGACAAUCAAUUCGAUUUAAAUGAGUUUUAUCAAUCAACUUUGAGUCUUGCAAGUCAAUUUAAUGAUUGUAAUGAUGGUAACAAAGAAAUAGCACACCUUCGAAAUAUUAUAGAUUCAUAUAUAAAGAAGCAUAAAGAACGUAGCACAAUACUUAAUUUAAAAAAUGUAGAUAGUAAGGCAAAAAAAUUAAUUAAUAAGUUUCGAAAAGAAUUAGAAGAAUUAACAAAAGAGCUUGAUAAUGAAAUGAAUGAUGAAUUAACAAUACAGCCAACACAUGAUAAAAUAAUAAUAAAAAAAGAUGAAAAUAGUUCUGUAUCAGAACAUGAAGAGUUAAAACAAUUGGAAAAUUAUAAAAAUAGUUCUGUAUCAGAACAUGAAGAGUUUAAACAAUUGGAAAAUGAUGAAAAUAAUGAAAUUGCAUCAAGUAGUAAUAAUAAAUUAAAAAUUCGUCGAAAAUUAAAAAAAGAAGUAAUAAAAUGUAUCGUGACGUGUUUGACAUUUAUAGUAAUUGUUUGUUCGAUACUAAUAGGGCCGGUGUACUUAUUGGCACUAUUUAUACCGUCUUUGAUUUCCAUAUAUUGGUCCUUUUGGAGAGUUGAUAAAUAUCGCACUAAAUUAAAAAAUAUAUCAAAAUGA